UGUGUGUCGUAUUCUGGGACUUUACAUGGAACAGUGACAUUAAAGGAUAUAAGUCUGGCCAACAACAGAACAGUCUUAACAGUGACUAUGAGUGGACUGAAGAUGGAGAACACUGACUGGUAUUGGUGUGAAGUGGGAGAACUAGAGAUGCCUGUUCACAUCACUGUCAGUCAACAUACUGCAACACAAAUCAUCACUGCUAUCACAAACCAAGCUGAGGGGAACAUGGAGGAAGUCCACCAGAGGUCCAUAGAUGUGAAAGUCCUACUGAUUCCUUGGGGCAUGUUGGUGGUGGUGACAGCUGGUAUCCUAGUCACAUGGAAGAUGUGGACAAAGCAUAAGGACAAUAAGGCCAAGGACCAGACAACUAACAACUCAGUGUCUGCUGACCCUGAGCAGGACAUUUCAUACAGCACAGUGAGCCACACCAGAGAAACAGCACAGCAGGGUCCAAAGCCAGAGAGCCACCAUGACGUGAUGUACAGCACUGUGAUGCCUGAUCAGUUCAGGACAGAACAGAAGGCCCCAUUUCCUGAAGAUGAUGAUGAUGUCACAUACAGCACUGUCAUCCCCCAGCUCAAGGCCCAACUAAAAGUACAGGCCAAGGCAGCAGAACCAGAUGAUAAUGUGGUCUACAGCUCACUAGCUCUACAGGUGACCACACAGCAGAGGGCAGCAGCAGCACAGCAGUGACUGACUGAGUGACCUUGGUGGAGUCCUUAUCCUGGAAGGACAGCCCACUCCCCUCUCCUGUGUCACAACAUCUAUCUGCCUCCAAUAUGCUUCUGUCAUACCUCUUAACCCACCCCAGAAAGACCCCUCUAUCCUUUUGUGUCCAUAAACUACUGAAGACAGUC